AUGUACCUGUUCGAGCUGGCGACGACGGGGACGAUCUCGUUUGGCGACUUUGUGUCGAGUGCGCAGCUGGUCUCGCAAGUUGGCGAGGCGACGCAGCUGCGUGCGCGCGUACGUGCCGUUCUCAAGGAGCACCGCGCGGGCGCCUCCACCACUCGAUCCACAUCCAGCAGCAAAGACGACCUUCGCAGCGGCACAGAUGCUGAAGCCAUCCCGGCGUCCGACUGGAUGCGCAUCGUGACGGCGCUGGAAGAGUACCUGCCGUCGGUGGUGGGGGUGUUCAACUGCGUGCAGACGGACGAUUUGCUGCUGCGGUACGAGCCGGUGUUUUCGUGGCGCACGAGCAUCUCGUCGACGCGCUUCCGCGGGCCGCAACGCGUCGAGCUGCCCGGACUGCACUAUGAGCUCGCCUGGGUGCUGGUCACCUAUGCGCUGGCUCUGGCGAACUUUGCGGCAGCGACGGUGCAUGGUCUGGGAGCCUUCGAGCGCGACCGCAGUCUCAGCGCGGACGAGCGUCGCGUGAAGGAUGAGCGGCUGCGGUGGGGGGCAGAUACACUGUGCCGCGCGAGUGGGGUGUUGGUGUAUGUGUCCGAGGAGCUGCUGCCGCAAUGGCGCGAUGCGGCGGGGGCUAUGGAUGUCCCACCGGACCUGACGGGGGAAGCAACGCUGGCGCUGAGCAAGAUUUGUAUGGCCGAAGCGCAGGCACUGGCGAUCCGCAAGCUCGUCUCGCCCAGCGUGGCGAGUGCGGUGGAUACGGUCACGCCGGGACCGCCAUUGCCAAAGUCGCACCCGAGUGUAAGCCUGCUUGCCAAGCUGCAUCUGCACGUGGUCGAGGAGUUGGAGAGUGCACUGGGAUUGCUCAAGACGCUCAAGGAUCGUGGCGGCAACAGGUCGGGUAGGAGGGAUGCGGAGGGACUCAGUGCGAACCACGAGCAUGAACUGGCGCGACGCGUGUCGGCGACCAACGAAGACCUCGUGCCUGGUGCGGACAAGAAGAAGAUGUUUGGCAAGCUGCGUCUGGGCAAAGACAAGGCGAAAGAUGAUGUGCCCUCGGCGACGACGGGGGUCGGGGGAGAUUUGGAUGUUUCCUCGUCGCUGCUGGCGCAUGUGAGGUCGAGUCUGACGCUGCACCGUGCGCUGGCGUACAAGUGGCUCGGCAUCGAUGCGGGCGAAAACUCGAACCGCGUCGGCGAAGCGAUCGCGCUGCUGACGCUUUCCUCGUCGCUUCUCACGCCGUCUUCUGGCUUGCUGAAGCGCAAGGGUCAGGAGAGGGUGGGCGUGGAGGCGGCGACAGUGGAGCACUGGUUGCGGGCCUAUCGUCAACUCAACGAUACGGUGGCGUUCCAACCAGUACCACCGGUGGGCGAGGUGCAGAACAAGGUGCCCGCAGGCCGCGCUGCGCUGGCGAGCAAAAAGUUCAACCUGCCCACGCCGCGCUUCGGCCCAGGAAGCCAAGGUUACACCGGCCGGGGAUUCGAUAGCGAAGCGCUGCAUGCGCUCGAUGCCGACCACCCGGCGCGCGCCAAUCUUGUCGGUCUCACCACCAAACCUACCGACACAUAUGCAGGUCAUGGUGCCUACUACUGA